CGACGACCGUUCUCGUCAAAACCGGUUUUCCUAUUGUGGAAUAAUCAAAGUGCGAAAUGUAUAUGUGCUCCCAGACUGUAAAAAACCGAUUCAUGGGCAGAUUUGCUGGUUAAUCACGGAAUUUCACAAGAUGGCUAAGAUUGGUAUCUUAUUUGCGUUUCUGUCGCACCUAUUAUGUACCAUGGUACAUGGAACAACUUUAUGUUCGGAAUACUUCACACUUGCAAUCAACCCUGAGACAGGCAAGAUAUAUGGUCGGAUCGAAAUCAUUUCUCCGCCAGAAAAUGACGACCUUUAUUUAAAAGUAGCCUUAAACGCUGCCGCUGAUUCUCUGGAUGAGUUAUUUCAAUUGGAAUUGGCACGACCGAUAAAAGAUACCAUUCAAGCUGUUCAACUUGGCAGAUCUUUGGUGUAUCAUAUUAAUUUUCCCUCGGGUGCAAAAGUGCCGACAUUAUCCGCGAUAUGGUUCAACAAUCGGCAAUAUUGUAUCGGCCCCGGAGCGUCAAGUGGAAACAUCGUAGCCAAUAUCGAAUUGGGGCAUAUUGUGUACCUUCCGAACGAAGAACCACUGUCUCAGGAUUUUCAGCCGUGGCAUCGAAAUUCGAGUAACUACCGCAUAGACAAUCCGUACUACAAUAGCAACGCCGAAUGCGGUGUUACCAGUUACUACACCGAGAGCACAAAUAGACUGAUUCCCGAUGGUGAGACCUCAUUACCAGGCCAGUGGCCCUGGGUAGUUGCAAUCUACCUUAUUGAUAGAGAUGGGCUUCAGAGAUCAUACUUGUUUCGAUGUGGUGGGUCACUUUUAACGAACAGACAUGUAUUAACAGCGGGGUACUGUAUGAAACGGGACUUAUUGGGCAGUAACGUAACAGUACCCGUCGAUAUAUUGGAAGUGGUUCUGGGGCGAUAUAACUUGGACCCAUUGCGCGGAGAUGGAUCUGCCAAUCGGAAAGUCGCGAGCUACGUGAUUCACCCCGAUUACGUGCACUAUCUCAAAGCUACUUCCGAUCUCUCGGUUGUGACCCUCACGAACGUCGUCGAGUUCAAUCCUCUCAUCAGGCCUAUUUGCCUAUGGUCCGGCUCAAGUACACUUGGAGACGUCAUUAGUAGGACAGGAUACGUUGUAGGAUGGGGUGAAGAUGCGUUGAAUCGUGAUGUCAACGAUCAACGGAUGGUGAGAGCGACGAUCGUGAGUCAAGAGACCUGUCUCUGGGCGGAUGCUAAAUAUAUUCGUGUAAUCUCGCAUGACACCUUUUGCGCUGGUUCGCAAGACGGACUGGGUCCUUGUCACGGUGACGGUGGGAGCGGGCUGAUACUUGUAAACAAUAUUACAAACAGUUAUGAGUUGCGUGGUGUUGUUUCGCGAUCUCUAAUCAAUGAAACUUCGUUCUGCGGUAUACAGAAAUACAUCGUUUAUGUUGAUGUGGCCAAAUACAUACCCUGGAUUCAACAACAGAUUUCGAUAUAACGUUCGCCUUGCGUUGCAAAAUGCUCUACAUGUCAAUCUAUAAGUUUCUUUGUGUAAAGUUCAAUGAAAACGCAGUACUUAUGUACAGUUACGCGUGAGGAUUAAACAGGUAUGAAUUCUGUUUUUGGUUAUUGAUGCCUCUUGUAAUGUGUCUCCAAUCUGUGUACAAAACGAUAUGAAUAAGCUGUUACACAUAUAACUAACUGUCAUAUUAGACUUCUUUAUAAUGAA